AGAAGCCUAUACCCUCCCAUUAUGCAAAUAGCCAUCUUAUAACUUGAGGAUGUCAGUUGUGUCACAAGUCAGAAGGGGAACAGGAGGAAAAAACAGCUUCAUAGAUCAAAAGGAAGUAGGUCUCAGCUUAAAGACAGAGAAAUGGCAGAUUCUCUCGUAGUAUGUGAAGUGGAUGAAAGCCUGAAGGAAAAACUGAAGAAGUUCCGUUUCCGAAAAGAGACAAACAAUGCAGCCAUACUAAUGAAGAUUGACAUGGUAAAACAACUGGUAGUGGUGGAAGAGGAGUAUGAGGAUAUUACUCUUGAUGACUUGAGGGAAGAGCUCCCUGAACGUCAGCCCAGAUUCAUUGUGUACAGCUACAAAUAUAACCAUGCGGAUGGGCGUGUCUCAUACCCACUCUGCUUCAUCUUCUCAAGUCCAGUAGGGUGCAAACCUGAACAACAGAUGAUGUACGCGGGCAGCAAAAACCGUCUGGUUCAAACUGCAGAGCUGACCAAGGUGUUUGAGACUCGAAAUGCAGAUGACCUGACAGAAGAGUGGCUGAAAAACAAACUGGCAUUCUUUCGUUGAGAGGAACAAAACCUCUCCAAACCUUUUGUACAGUAUUGUCCAUAAAGUAUUGUUCUUUGUUUGUUGUUGUGCGGUGGACAGAAGUGAUCAUUUUGGACUUUAAAAUGAAAUACCACUUAAACAUUCAUUUAUACAAACAAAUAAGAUAACUUUUACAAACUUUUAUUUUAAACUGUACUACGAUAGAUGUAUCUCUUUGUGUAUUUCUUAACCAAUGGUUGUUGUAGUAAGAGUAAAGCACAGACAAUGAUAUAAAAAAAACCAAUCAGUUUAA